UUUAAAUAAUCUGCACCCUCUCCUCAUCAUCAGUUCAAUCCUCAGGUUCCAGGUCUAAACAUGCCUGAUACACUUGUUCCUCUAGUCCGGAGACCGGUUCGGAGAACAUCAACAACAACUGAAACCAAAACUGAUGUGAAUUCAGAACCAAGAAAAUUAAGCAUCGGAGGAGAAUCAAACACAAGAACUUCUCCAGACCGUCCUGAUCCAAGCAGGCUCAGGAGAACAUGGGUUCCACACAAGGAGAAAGAUGUUACUCCGAGAGAGGAAAAGAAACCUUUAAUUAGAGAAAGUAAACCCUUUAAAAAAGAAGAAAUUCUCCCUCCUCCAGUUUCUCCAACCUACGAGGUUCCAAGUUUCUCCACUGGUGGAUUUCCUCACGUGAAUAAGACCAAUUUACCUCCUCUACCUGUGGCCAAGAACAGAGUCCAAAAAACCCAACGGGAUCUGGAUCUGGAGCAUAAGGUUCUACAGUGGAUAAUGUCGGUUGUUCAUGAGAAACCAAACACGGAUUAUGAAACCUUUAUCCAGGACGGAUCCGUCCUUGCCAAGGUUAUGACAAGUAUCGUGUUUAACUCCGUUCCUCUGGAGCAGAUUAAUGAUAACUGGGGAAUGAAUCCUGCCAUGGAUAGAGUUAAAGCUGUUAUCCGUGAGAUCCGCAGAUACGGAGUAGUUGAAGUUUUCGAACCUGAAGAUUUAAUUGAACUCAGGAAUAUUCCCAAAGUUACAAAGUGCUUGGCUCAGCUCUCGAAACUGGCGGCUUCAGAUAAAGAUAAUCUUCUGAACUCCAGUUACUAACUCAAGUCAACUCAAUCGAUUCGAUCUCUUGAACCCAAAUCUACGGAAUGUCACAAUAUGGCAAGCUGAAUCCAGCAGCAUACCUUCUCCUGAAUCCACUCAACCCGCCAACUGAAUCCAGCAGCAUACCUUCUCCUGAAUCCACUCAACCCGCCAACUGAAUCCAGCAGCAUACCUUCUCGUGAAUCCACUCAACCCGCCAACUGAAUCAUUUAUUCUUCAAAUCCCUAAUCUCCUGAACUCAUCCUAAUGAAUCUACUAAAUCCUAUAAACUCACUGAUUGAAUCCAAUAUAUCGAAUGAUCUGAAUCAGAAUCCGGAAUUCUCCAGAACUGAAUCCUUAUUGUAUUUACGUUUUAUCUUUUUUAAGCAAAUGUGAUUAAAAAUAUUUCUGUUGAUUUUAAAAUUUAAAAUUUUGUAUAGAUAUAGAUGUCUGAAGUUUUUAUAAUAGAUAUAUUUAUGUA